CACGUCCUCAGUCGCGAAGCGGCCGCGUCGCGCGCCACCCGCCUGCACUAUACCGCGAUAUAUUAUGACAGUGACGUGAUGGAGGGCAAAGACUUCGGUGCAGUUCCCGGCCUACCGGCCGGUUUGGACUAUUUUAUGAUGCCGCGAGUGACCCAGCCUGCUCCACAGUUCGACUUCAGAAAAUUAGGCGCUAGUUUCAGCGGUCGGGACGAUGACAGGAGUGAGGAGCGGCGAUCACCUGAGAGGCUGCCGGAGCGCCGCGAGCCGCCGCCGGCUCCGUGGCCCCUCGGCCUCGGAGUCCAGUUCGUCAACCCCGCUACGGGAAAGAAGAGAGUCCAGUGCAACGUUUGCCUCAAAACUUUUUGCGACAAAGGAGCGCUGAAAAUUCAUUUUUCUGCUGUGCACCUGCGAGAGAUGCACAAGUGUACGGUGGAGGGGUGCACAAUGAUGUUCAGUUCGCGGCGAUCAAGGAACCGGCACAGUGCUAACCCCAACCCUAAGUUACACUCACCACAUGUAAGGCGCAAGAUUUCGGCCCAUGACGGACGAACCGCGCAGCCGUUCCCGUUGCUGCCAGCGCUGGCGCGGCUGCCGCUACCGCCACCCAGCCUGCUGCCGCCGGAGCUGACUGCACGUCUGCCGCCGCCCCUUGUCACUCCUGCUGGUGCUACGCCACUGCCGCCAAGAGUGCCCCUGGACGAUCUCCGUAAUUUCAGUGAAAUUGAAAAGAUGUAUAGAAAGCUUCCUUUGCCACAGGAAUCAUCACGUGAAGCCCUGGAUCUUGUUAAAACUCCGAGUAACCACGAGGAUGAGUCGAUUAAUUACAGUGACAACAAUGAUGAUCUUUCUGAUGACGAAAGAAAGGACAACUGUGGAGAUCAAGUGAACUUGACUGUUACUGAAAGGCUGAAUUACGAUGAUGAGCCAGAGGAUUUAAGUGUAAAUAAAAAGAAAGAGGAAAACGGUGAUACCAAACCUGUAGUGAAAAGUGAAGUCCAAUCAGGUGCUGGAAGCCGAGCCGACCCCACCGUCUCAGAAGAUAAGUUAUCUUUGGUUCCUAAUAAACGAAAAAGAAAGAGCGGCAAUCCCACCCGGUGUUCACAAACUAAUGAAUAUAACGCGUCUGAUGAAGAAUACCAAACAGAUGUAUUUAGAAACAUCUCUACACCUAGUUCGAGUCGCGCGGACGAUGAACCUUUAUCAUUGAAAAAACAGAAACCCGAAAAAUGGGAGCCCUUUCAGAACGGUGACGAAGUUGUUGUGGACGCGGAAUCGGUAACUCGAGUUAAACCUGAAAGUGAAUCAGAUGAUGAAUCUAGCGCUCCGAGCGUAGUUCGCGAAGGCUUACGACUGCGUUCUGACCUGUAUACACCGAGCGACAGCGGGAGCGACAUGCAUACAACGGAAGAUCGAUUAGCUCGAGCACGGACACCCUCCGCUAGCAGUGACAGGACCGACGACCGAACCGAUCUGAAUGAUCUCGAAAUCCCGAUCGAUGAUGAAAACCCCGAUCGAUGUACUGCAUGUGGAAAAGUUUUUCAAAAUCAUUUCACACUACGAAUGCAUUAUAGAAAUGACCACUUAAAGCUGCUUCACCCCUGCGACAUCAACGGUUGUGAUGCUGCCUUCCCUUCCCGGAGGAGUCGAGAUAGACACAGCUCGAAUGUUGACUUACACCGACGACUAUUGUCAACAGGCUCUACUAAUGCUCGGGAACAACGACCUUUUGAAGUCAAUACUGAGUUGUUGAAUAAAUUAUAUGCAGACAUAAAAGGUCUUGCCACUACGCUUGAGAGCUUGCGAUACGGAGGCGACGACACCUCCCAAUUACCCAGCUAUGUUACGGAAACAAUGAAGUUUUAUACCAGAAAUUUAAGCGCAUUGCAAUCGGGAAUUUUUCCACAAUUUGGUGAGCGGGGGUUUUUUCCGGCCCCUUUUCUGAUGGGUAACGGGGCUCCUCAACCGGGCGGGGGACCCUACGGGGCUCCGGCCGGCGCCCAGUCAGCCCGCGAGUCGCUGUCACCACUGUCGGCGUCGUCGCCGCCGGUUAUCUCGCCAGGGCGGCUGGAUGCGGCGCACGCGCGCCCGCGUGAUGACGCCAAACUGCUUUUUCGCGAGACCUCAGAGUCAUUCAAGAAGAUGACUUCGCUUUGCGAGCGCCAGGAGCAGCUGUACCAGCACCACGUGCCGGUGUCAUGACGCAGUCGCUACGCCCCCCGCUCGUCGUGGUGAUACUCACUCCUUGAAGCUUAUGGCGCGCGACUUACAGACUCUCUGUAUAUUUAAUUGUUAAUAAUUUUAAUUGUGUUAAUUCUAUUUCGUAUUUCGUUUUGUAUUUUCUUGUGAUAUUUAGACAAAUAUAUCGUAAUUAUCGAUCCCACGAACUGUAAGUUAUUAGGGAUAGAACCGCUUCGGUAUUGAGUUGACGUGGAGAAGCGAAGUGCAAUACGGACUCGAAUAUAAUAAAUAUUAAUGGACGCGGCGGCGUACGAUAUGAUAUCGUGUAGAGUAUUCGUAAUCGAUGUUGAAAGUAAACGUUAUAAUGAUCAGCUUCAUUUAUUGUUCUGGCGCAAUAAACUCAU